AUGCGAAGAAUUUCAGUUGGCUGCUCAACUGAUUCACAUCCUCUGUAUAGUCUUUUCAUGAACCACUUGAGCAGGUGUAUCUUCAUGUGGGACACCGAUGCCCUGGAACUGUUGAAAACAGCAAUACGUCAGGAAUUAGGCCAAACGCUGAUGUACCCACAAACUGAUGCUAAUCAGGAGAAGUUUAUCUCCAAAAAUGAACUGGCCCUCCACUGCAUGAGAACAACGCAUCCAUCCAAGGAAACAACAGACCUCAUAUACAAUCUGUUGAAAAGAUACCAGGAUGCCAAGGAUUCACUCGGGGUUCCCCUUCUGCGGUCAACUAUCAUUCAGUCUGUCUGGGAGAAGCAAAAGCAUCACAUCGCCUGCAUACAAGACUCACCGAGUGUCCAGUUAUACAUUCAAACUGGGACACUUAAAAAGGGUGACACUACCCUGCCAACGUACCGAUGUGCUAGGGGUUCUACCUCGCUGGAAAGUUUCCACCUUCAUCUAGCACGAUUCAUUCCAGGUACUCUUGCCAAUGAGGGCCUGUUUGAGGCCUAUCUUGUUGAAGGCCUGUCAAGAUGGAACCAGAAUAGGGGUGAUAAUGCUGUCUCUGUGGCAAUAGAUGAGCCUCACUAUAGCCAGCAACUGCGUCAUGAAGUAAACAGACUCAGUGCUGAUGUCCUGGGCAAAAAUAUUUUACCCUCGUACUCAACCCCACGGAAAUAUACUGGGGAGCUUAUUGGUCUUGAUUACCAGCUCAGUCAGACUGGCAAGGCACUUCAGUAUGCUUCCUUCAUCGAGAAAUCUGAAGAGACUGAAAUACCUGACUUGCCAGAUGAUACGGAACUGGUAACUUAAAACACUGAUGACCUAACAUCCGAAGCCCUUACAGCAGCAUCAUUGCUUGAAAAAGGAAACAGACCAGUUUCACUGGAGGAGACAAGGCCCAUACUGCCUAUUCUCUCUGAGAAAGUGUAUCAGGCCUUAGCAAAUGAGAGUGUGCAGUCUGAUCCCAUUGUGUGUCCUGCCAUUAGUGAACAGAUGAAGCGCCCUGCAUCUGUUCGUAGAAUGCAGGCUUCAACGGCUAAUAAAGAGAGUGUGCAGUCAGAUCCCAGUGUGUAUCCUGCCACUAGUGAACAGAUGAAACGCCCUACUCCUGUUCUUGGAAUGCAGCCUUCAACGGCUUAUAAAGGUAGGCUAGUGAAAUAAUACAAAUUGUCCU